GGCGGGCGGGGAACAGUGGGCUGGCCGGGCACCACUCGCGCGUGUGUCUGUGUGUGCUCAACAACGACCGGCGCCAUGUCAGUGUACCUAGUGACGGCUCACGCGGUCACCGCCGGCCAGGACGGCCCGCUGCUCGGCUCCGACGAGGAGGAGAUCGUCCUACUCAUCUAUCUGGUUCUAGAUGUCGUAAAUAAUAAGGUGGUAGCGGUACAGCAGUACGUGGUACGGCCCCAGUCGGCCGACUCUUCAGACUCGUUCCUCUCAGAAGUGUGCAAGAAUGACUACCAGCUCACCGAGGAACAGGUCAAAAACGGCGAGUCACUCGAGUCAGCCAUUCAGCGGUUUGACCAGUUCGCGCGCUCCAAGCUGGCGCUGGACGGCGGCAGCACCUUCCACCUGGUCACAGAUGGGCAGCUUCACCUGCGGCAGUGUCUCCACCCGGAGGCGUGCAGCAAGGGCCUGGAGCUGCCGCACUACUACUGGGCCUUCCACGACCUGCGCAAACUGUUCCGCGCUACCUACAAGACAGAAGAGAUGACCUCCGUUCAAGACAUGCUAACUCACUUGUCCGUCGAGUCGGACCAGUCGUCAGAUCUGGGCUCGAGGACAGUGCAAGACAUGGCGAAAAUCAUGCAGAGGAUGAUCCACGACGGCUGUAAAUUCGACUCUCCAGAACCUAUCAAUCAGCGGUUGGAGCCAGGAAUCUGCUCCAGAGAGGAGGUGGUCGACAGCAACUGUGUGGUGCGAGCCCGCGGUCUGCCCUGGCAGUCGUCCGACCAGGACAUUGCCAACUUCUUCAGGGGACUCAACAUAGUCAAGGGCGGCGUGGCGCUCUGUCUCAGCCAACAGGGUCGGCGCAACGGCGAGGCGCUUGUGAGGUUCGUCAGUCAGGAGCAUCGCGACAUGGCGCUGAAGAGGCACAAACACCACAUCUCGAACCGCUACAUCGAGAUCUACAAGGCCACCGGCGAGGACUUCGUCAAUGUCGCAGGAGGUGUAAAUACCGAGGCCCAGGAGUUCCUGAAGCUCGGUGGUCAGGUCAUCGUUCGAAUGCGGGGGCUGCCCUAUGACUGCACGGCGAAACAAGUGCUGGAGUUUUUCGAGGCCGGCGAGUCAAGCUGUCAGGUGAUGUUCGCCGAAAAGGGUGUGCUGUUCGUCAAGAAGCCCGACGGCAGGGCGACCGGCGACGCGUUCGUUCAGUUCGAGAACGAGGACGACGCUCCGAAGGCGCUCAGCAAGCACCGUGAGAUCAUCGGCUCGCGGUACAUUGAGCUCUUCCGGAGCACCGUGGCAGAGGUGCAGCAGGUGUUGAACCGCUCGAUGGACCCGCGCACGUACGAACAGCAGCCGCCUCUGAUCGCGCAGGUUCCGCAGCCGUUCCCCGUGAUACCGCAGCAAAUCAUCACGUCCGGGUCGCGCAAGGACUGCAUCCGCCUGCGGGGACUGCCAUUCGAGGCGCAGGUGGAGCACAUCCUGCAGUUCCUCGGCGAUCUGGCGCACAUGAUCAAAGUGCAGGGCGUUCAUAUGGUGAUCAAUGCGCAGGGUCAGCCGUCGGGUGAGGCGUUCAUUCAGAUGGUCUCCGAGGAGGCGGCGUUCCUGGCCUCCAAGGACCGCCACCACCGCUACAUGCCGUUUGGCAAGAAGCAGCGCUACAUCGAGGUGUUUCAGUGCUCCGGCGAUGAUAUGAACCUGGUGCUGAGCGGCUCCGUGUCCGCGGCUGCGCAGCAGGCCCUGGUCGUAUCUCCCGGCGGCGGGAUGCUGACGCCACCCUACGGCCUGUACACGUACGCGGCGCCGCCGGCGCUGCUACCGCCCGUGGCGCCGCUCACGCCGCGGGUACCGGCCUACUCGUACCCGCCGAGCCUGUACUACUGGCAGGCGUACCCGUCGCCGCCUGUCUCACCGACCUCCUACUACAACGGGCUGACCCCUCCGGUAACCACUGGGCCGUCACCAGCCCUGGUGAGGAUGCGAGGCCUGCCAUACUCCUCCAGCAAAGUUGACAUACUCAAAUUCUUCGAAGGCUUUGAGAUUGCUCCGGAAUGCAUCCAGCUUCAGCAGAACGCAGAGGGGCAGCCAUCCGGUGAGGCUAUGGUUUCCUUUGCGUCUCGCACUGAGGCAGAACGCGCCAUCCUCGAGAAGAACAAGCAGCACAUAGGCACGCGCUAUAUUGAGCUCUUCAUGGCGUCCUAGACGUUGCGUCGCCCCUGCGGUAUGCUGGCCGGCGCUAAGCAGCGUCCACUCGCUCAUUGGCGGACUCGGGCCAGGCCGCGCGGUGAUUGGCGGGCGGCCGGUGACCUCUACCAGGGCGAGGUCUCCGAUUGGCUGACGCGUGACAGCCUGCGCCGCGAUUGGCUGAAGGCCGACGGGCGCCCUGAGAAUGCGGGGGCCGUUUGUGCAAUGCCUACCGGCGAGAGUCCAGUGCGAAAGAGAGAAAGAAAGGAAACGAGAGCGGCAGAAGAGCGAUUGUGUGACGCGCUUUGUCACGUGCGCGCCCAGAUGCAUUUUUGAGCAGUCUGGGGCGCGCUGACAGGCGCAGAGUUUUGUAUUUUAUUUCAACUGCAGUAAUUUGCCACUGUCUUCCCAUGAGCUUCCAGCCGCCGCCGGCGCAGUGGCCGGGUCUGGAAGGUGCGGAGCGGCAGCGCUGCCACCCCGCAGCCACCCAUCCCGCAGACCGUCCCGGCCCUGCCGCCGGCGAGCGCACAGCAGGUCGAUCCGCACCAGCAGCCAGACAGUCCUCUGUUAUAUACAUAGCCGUUUAGCUAGUUCGUUAACUGUACGGAUGUUUAUGUCAACAUUAUCACAGAGUCUUCCCUGCGUGCGUCGGGACCGGCUGGAGUCACGCGUAGUGCGUCGUGCUCCGUCCGGCCCGGCAACCUGUACAUAGUUUGUUUUAGCCAAGAAUUGCGUUCUUGCACAAUCAUGCAUUCGACGUGCCUUAUUUGCAUUUAGCUGAAUGUGUUUUAUGUAGUGAGUGAUUAGUUAAGGUGCAGCACUGCGCUCCAGCGCAGUUGCUCUGAAUCUGAAUACUGUCGCCAUUCCACGUGUAAAUUCCGUGCGCGAGCCCUAUUGCCCAGUCUAAAGUGGCAGAGCAUAUGCAAGGCAGGGGUGAGAAGGAUUUUGAAAGAAAGGUAGCACGGGAUUUUGACCCAGAAAGGUAUUUUUGACAAAUUUCAGCAUUCCUAAGCGGCUCCAUUUCGAACCAAACAUUCCAAAUGCAUUUCUAAUUGAUCAGUGGCGGUCAUUUUGUCACAAUGGGCAGCUCCACCUAUGCUGGAACCUCGGUUCUCGCUCUGUGCCGUGCCCCCGGCUGGAGUUUUUCAAGUGACCCGUUUUACGCCUAGUCUGUUUGAGUUUUGUGAUAUGGUAACAUGACCAGGUGCGAACGCCCCUGCACGGCCCCGACUCGUCUGGAACGGAGUUAGCCCCCCGGCGGCUCUCCGGCGUGUGCGCCUCGAGGCGGCUCUGAAAGGCUGGCCGGCCCGCGGCGGAGCGCGGCUCAAGUUUUAUCGGUGAGCCUUGGUGACGGUGGCACCCUCCCCGGCGGGACGAGCGCCGAGCGACCCCGGCUCCGUCCUCAGGUGACCUCUGUCAGACUGCGGCGGAGAGAGUGUCCGACUGUCUGUCUGUCCGGGCUGUCGGGCAGAUGUCUGGUUCAGGCGGUUCUGUCCUGUCGGUUUGCCGGACAGUGCAGUCGGACAGUUCUGUCCCCAGCUGCGCUGAGGAGGUCGCCUUGUCAGACGACUGCCCUCCCGGGGCAGUCUGUGCCGUGGAGUGGUGCCGCCGUGUCUUGUCAAACCACACCGCCACAUAGCCCAUGACAAUGUACAAGGGAGGGGCACUGCCACUCGGAGCUAGGGCAGCAUCAUCUCAUUGUUGCUCAUAAUAUCUCGGGCCCACGGUGUCAGGACCUGGCCCUCGACCUGACCUGACCUGACCCACCAGGGUUCAGACCCAGCCGCUUGUCUGUGAUACACCGUAGUUGACAUUCGGAGUGAGAAAGAGAAACAUCUGGGUGUGGGAUAUCGGGCUAUUUUCGGCAUGCGGUGGAGGUGAGGGACGGAAAUAUCGGGCGUGAUUUCAAGUAACACCAAACGCGGAGGGUUCCGUCGUAUGGCGCAGCGUGAGAGCGGCGCUCUUUUCAUUCUAAGCAUAAUAUGAUAAUCCCGGCGGGACGGCGGCUCUUCUUCGGUAAUCCAACUUGCUAUGGUCACCUUGGCGCUUGAUUGUAAAUCUCGAGUGGUGUUAGGUUAGUUUGCUUGCUUUGCUCGCUUCCGGUUGGUUGCUAUUGCACGUCGUCUCUGAGGCGGCCGCUCCCGCGGCGGCGCCCUGGUGUCGGGCUCGGCUGUGGCGCUCGCCGCCCCCUCAGGUGACACCGGUCUUUGGGGUGAUCCAGUCAGCUACGGGGCAAAAUCUGGCGCGGCGGGGCCGACGCACAGGGUGCCGCUGGCGGGUCGGCCGCCCCUGUGACGUCAGCACUGCCAUCUGGUGGCCAUUUAAUGAAGCUCUGAGUGGGGCGCGCUCCGCCGGCGCCGGUGGCGCUGCGCUCGACCGCCCGCCCUGACCGACGGACGUCGGCCCGGCGCCGGCGGAGUGGCCCGGCCGGAGCGACGGAGACGGGUCGCGCCCGGGUCAUUCUGCCCAGUCGGCCAGAGGACGACCCGCGCCGCGGCGCGUCCCCGUCUGCUUGUGUUGUGGUGAAUUUUAUCUUUUAAGGGAGAAAAACAGAAAAAAAUCACUCCGCAAUGUCAGGCGCGUAUGAUUUUCAGUGUAUAUGUAAAAGCGUCGUGUGUUUAUUUUAUGUUCUUAGUGCAUUCAUAUCAAUAGUUUAAUGUGUGUGCGUGUGUGUGUUAUAUUGCUCGCGCUCUGUGAACAGCUCUGUGCACAUCUUUUCCGUGUAAAUUUUUGUAGCAACUCGUUGGCCAUACAUUUAACAAAACACUUCCGACGGCGGUACCUGCUGGGCGAGUCCCAGCCUACCCGAGUUGGAUUCGAACAGCCCCGUGACCGCCCCGGCCCCGCUCGCCCUCUGUCGGCCUUAUUGUCAGGCGUAGACAGCUGGAAGCUCACCGCUGUGUCGAUGGGCGCCGCUCGAGCACGCACGUGGACACGAGCAUCUGCUGCCACUCUCGCCUCGUCUCGAUGCAGCUGUGCAAUUUGAUCACAAGUAUACUUUAUAGAAUACAUGUGAAUAACUACA